CCAUAAAAUAUCCUAUUUUGAACUCCAGUUCACGUUAUUUCUGCGACACUUCCAUAAAAUAUGUUUUUCUAUUUGACUAACUUGAAGCCAAUUAAGACUUGUAUUAGCUUAGUUUUCUCGUCAUAUAAAACCACAUCUGAAGGAUUGUAUAAUUAGCAUCAAAUUAACCAAAAUGGCCAGUUUAGUAGGAGGGAGAGAUAAAUACAGAAAAUACUUGAGUGAUGAAGAGGUCAAAAACAUCAAAUGGAGAAAUGGUCCUCCUAGUUAUGAUGUUGUUGAUAAGCUCUUUGAACAAGAAAGAACUCGUGUUUGGUCUGAAGGAUCACUUGAAGGGAAGAUGCAGCGGCUAUUGAAGAUGUGGGAAAUGGAAAUGGUCCACAAAGCAGAUCCUAAUGACUUCAAAACUGUUGAUCCAACAAAGUUCAAGAAGAUUGUCAAUGGAAGGAAAGGGUUAACACCGGAAGAAUUAGCAAAGCUUGGUGGUGGCUAUAAUACAUUCCUCCAAACUUCAUUGCCUGAGAAUCUUCGAGUCAACAAUCCUGAUGAGGAAACAUUUGAAUCAUCACAGAGAAUUUUCAGAUCAAUAUUUACACGAGGAUUCGCCAUCGAAGUCCUCCAUGUAUAUUCAGGACCACCAGAAAUUGUCUACAAAUUUAGGCAUUGGCGUUACAUGGAAGGUCCAUUUAAAGGACAUGCUCCAACAGGAGAACUUGUAGAGCUCUUUGGAAUUGGCAUUUUUGAAGCAUUUGGACAAAGAGAGUAACAAGAUUGUUAAGGCAGAGUUCUUCUGGCAGAGUUCUUCUUUGAUAGAGGAGAAUUGCUUGGGCCACUUGUCAAAGGAGAAAGAAAUGGUGAAUCCGCAAGCGCAAUGGCAUUAGGUGCUUCAAAAUGCCCUUUCGUGAAAUAAUUAGAGAAUAACUUUCAAGCUAGUUAUUCUGUAUUUGGAAAAGUCAUUUAAGUAUUAUCACGCAUGAUCCAUUUGGACGUGUGUAAAGUCAAUGGUCAUGUUUUUUGUAUAUAUUAUAAGAGCUGAUUUCAACGUGUCAGUUUUUGCGCAUAAAUAAUUUUUUUAAGGGUAUUUUAGUAUUUGA